AAUGCAAACAACAGCCACGCAGUUGUCCGUCGGGCGGAAGCGGAAGCAGUGAGGGCAGAGUCCUGUUCUAAACACAGAGCUAAUGGAAGCAGGCGGCGAACUGAGACGUCACCAACAUGUCCAUCGUGUUUGUGCCAAAGAAACUACGAGGAAAAGCCAAAAUCAACCAGGAGACGAUACAGAGGCUGCUGGAUGAAAACGACCAGCUGGUCAGAUGUAUCACAGAGUACAUGCAGAAAGGUCGAGCGGUGGAGUGCGUCCAAUACCAGCAGAUCCUGCACCGCAACAUCGUCUACCUGGCCACCAUAGCUGAUGCCAGCCCUGACAACACGCCCUCCUCCUCAAAUUCUGCAUCUAACGACGCUCCAGCCUCCACACCAGCGAUGGAUGGAGCUGGACCCACAGGAUGAAGGCAGCCUCUGUCAGUCGAGCGGUGUGUCACACUGAAGACAAUGUUGCACCACAAGGAAAUGGAUUUAUUAUGCUGAGCUGGUUUCAGUAAUGUGACACAUUCUCAAUCACCGGUGUUUCAGAUCAGUGUUUUGUGUUUGAAUAUUCUCUGAAAUGUACAUUAAAACAUCUUUUUUUAAAGGU